GUUUCUGUGGUACUGAGUCAAAGAGCAACGCUAGCUGAUUUGAGAACAGGGUAUUUAUAUCCGCACCGAGCAUGCGCAUGGUUGACUUCCGGCUGCUUCCGGUAACGGUAGUGUGUUACUAUGCAACGAGACGCUCUGAUGUGUAGUAUUAACUUCCUACCGGAGCAUUGCAUUAAGAAGUAAACCAGUCAAAGCUGCUUAUCCUUGUUCAUGCUUGGUGUGCGUUUUUUAAUAGUCAACCGAUGCAAAUGAUACACUAAAGCUAAAGACUUCUAUCUUUUGAGGCCGAGUGUUAGAUAUGGGCGACGGCUGGAGCACUGACACCGGAGAAUCGUUUUACCGUUCCCGGGAUGCAGUUAAAAACUUACAAAUACGAGUGCACAUACAGCGUGUGACCUCCACAGCUGCUCUGUCUCAACAUCUCCAUCAGCAAGUGCUUUCUCAGCAGGAGAGAGGAGUUAUAGAGCUGGACACCUUCAGCUCUCAGACCCAAGCAGCUUCCACCACUGAUGCGGAGGAACUGGUGGUUGGUUGGCAAGAGAAGGUCUUUAGUCAGUAUGAAGUGGAUCUUUACCAAACAGAGUCAAAUUGUCAAACACCACUGGAGCAUCAGUAUCACACAGAAAUCAUGGCAAUGGAAAGAUCCAAAAGAAGACAAAACCAGCACAUUUUCACCUACACAGACUUUGAUCGCUUCUCUAAAUGGGAAGAGCAAGCUCAGAGUCUGCUGAUCCCAGCUCAGCCUACACCAACCUUUUUAGCAGAACGCAUGGCCAAUGUUAGGCACAGGAGACAAGAGAGACGUCCUGUAGAGUCUAAUGUUCCCAAGUACCGUUUAAUCACAUGGGAGCCUUCGGAGGAGUUCAUAAAGAACAGUCACAUCAUCAACACACCAGUGCAGACCAUGUACAUCAUGGGAGAUCUUGGACCUUCAGGGAAGUUGGGCUUGAAAGAGAAUGAAUAUGUAUUAUGCACCAUAAAAGCUGACAGUAAUGGAGUAAUCACAAUAAAACCAGACUUUAACAACAAUAGAGGAGCCUACAGACUGGAAACGCAGGGAGAGAAGAGGGAGGUGUGGAGGCUGUAUUUGGAGAACGCCUCAUCACACAUUCAUGCGGAGGAGAAAGAGAGAGAGCAGCGCAUGUACAGAGAUCUGUACACACGUCACAAAGACUACCUCAACAGCCUGGUUGGCCAAGACUUUGAAAUGCCACCUCUAGGGAUACUUCGCCUGAUUGUAAAUGGAGAGAUUGUUUCUGCUCAGGGUUAUGAGUAUGACAAUCUUUAUGUCCAUUUCUUCCUGGAUUUACCAAAUAAUUGGUCCAGUGUUCCCUUUCACUGUCUGUCCGGUGUGACUCAGUAA